GUAAAGGGAUCAAGGUGGGCGCCACUUCUCUCAACCCGCAGCCACCAACGGCCUUUCUCUCUCUUUAUUUCGCUCCGACCUCUCUCCCUCAGUUUCUUCCUCCCGGCCUCUCUCCUCGAUUCCCUCUUCUCUAUUUCUUCCCCGACGUUCACGCCUCGCCUUUUCUCUCUGUCUUCCAAUCUCUCUCCUCUUACAAAAUCUCAGUUUUUUGUUUCUGGCAAGGGUCCUCUAGUCACUCUCCUCUCCUGCUCUCUGAAGUGUUUCGAAGAAUCUACCUUUUCAGGGAAAAUGGUAUCUGGGUUAAUAAAUGCAAAUCCAGUCAUCUACGAAAAGAAAGAGCGUCGGGUUCGUAGUGUCCCAAGUGCUGCUGCAGAUGAAUACGCUGUUGAACCCAUUGACCAACAAGAAAUUUUUGAUCAUAUUAGAGAUAUAAAAGACCCGGAACACCCUUACUCUUUGGAAGAGCUCAAAGUAAUUACAGAAGAUGCAAUUGAAGUAGAUGAUAGUCGUGGCUCUGUCAGAGUCACAUUUACUCCUACUGUGGAACAUUGUAGUAUGGCAACAGUUAUUGGUCUUUGCUUACGUGUUAAACUCUUGAGGAGCCUGCCUUCUCGUUACAAGGUGGAUAUUAGGGUGGCCCCCGGAUCUCAUGCAACUGAAGCUGCUGUUAAUAAGCAACUGAACGAUAAAGAACGGGUGGCAGCGGCAUUGGAAAACCCAGGCCUUCUGGAUAUGGUUGAUGAAUGCCUUUCUCCUUCAUAUGAGUGAAUGAGUUGCGUCACUCGUGUAUAUGAUGGAGUUAGGUUUGUAAUCUCGAUGAGCAAUAUCUGGAAUGACCGGCUGGUCCAGUCAUCAGUAUACUAUCUUUCUCCCAUGUGAUUCAUACAUCUUGUGGCCGCUUGUGUUUUUAUAAUUUGAGUGGCCAGUUAAAUGGGAUUAUAUGGAUUAAAAGAAAUUUUGUCCAUUGUUUAGAUUUGAGCAUUGUUUUCCUGUCCAAUGAAGUUUGUGCUGUAUUACCACAUCAUAGCAUUAGUUUUUGUGAAUUUUACUUUCUUUGCUUU